AUCGUUCCUCUUUCCCACAAAUCCCCGCGUUGCGUCUAUUGGGUGGGAAACCCUACUCUAUUACGAGCUCGAGGAGGGGGUGCAGCUGGGCUCACGCCUGCCUCCUUUUCCUGCUUUCGCUAUGGAGGCAGAGGCGCCCUCUGCUGCUCCUGCCCUCCGUCCCCCGCUGUGGCUCGGAGGAUCGCCUGAUGGCUCCGUGUACCUACUCCUGCCCCUUGCUGUCCCUGCUGGAAGAUCCCUGGUGCUUACACCGGCACAUGGAACAAAUCCUGCCUGGAUUCUGUCUCUCUCAACAGAAAGUAAGAACAAAGCAGGAAAUCCACAGGAAGAUGAUGCAGUACACCAUGGGGCAUCCCCAGUUAGCCCCACACAUGGAGGAAAAAAGAGAAUCCAGCAAGCAGGCUCUGCAAAAGACCAACCGGCUCAAUGUAAAGGGGAGUUUAAGGAUCCAGCAGGAUCCUCACCCAGCAAGGCAAAAUCCUAUGACUGCUCUGACUGUGGGAAGAGUUACCGCAGGAGCACAGAUCUCCUGAGACACCAGAGAAGCCAUACUGGAGAAAGGCCUUAUCUGUGUCUGGACUGUGGGAAAAGCUUCAGCCGGAGUUCAAUCCUGCUUGAACACCAAAGGAUCCACACAGGCGAGAAGCCAUACAAAUGUAGCCAUUGUGGGCAAGGCUUUAGCCAGAGCUCUAACCGAAACCAGCAUGAGAGGAUCCAUGGCAAGAAGAAAAUGGGCAACCCAGCACGUUCUGGACCAAACUGGCAAAUGGCUGAAGGCCAGAGGAGUGGGCCAAAAAACCCAGUAAGAACUGAAGACGGUUCAAGACCUGAGCCUGAAUCUGAAGCUCAGCCCCCUUUGGAAAGCCCCUCUUGGAGGAAAAGGAUGGCGAUGAAGCACCAGAGAAGCCACCUAGUAGAGAAACCAUAUAGAUGCCCUCAGUGUGGGAAGUGCUUUGCACGCAGCACAGAUUUCAUUCGGCACCAUAUCACCCAUACAGGAGAAAAGCCCUAUACCUGUGUGAAAUGUGGCAAGAGUUUUACACGCAGCUCUGUCCUCAUAGAGCAUCAGCGGAUCCACACAGGAGAGAGACCCUACAAGUGCAGGCUGUGUGGGAAAGGCUUCAGCCAGAACUCCAACCGUAACCAGCACGAGACAAUCCACCAGACUGUGAAACCUCUGAGACGCUUCCUAAAUGGCAGUGAGACUUUAAGCCGGGGCGUGGGACUCACUAGGCAAAAGAGAAUUCACACUGCUGUGGGAAAGGCCUGACAGAAGUCCAAGGAGUGGGCAUAUUUGAGAAGAAUCUGAAUCUGCAAUGUGUAGAUUCAAAACAAUCUGAAAGGGAAUCCCUAGUGUCAUGUGGGGAAAAUCUUUUUUUAUGAGAGGGAGUUGUCAGCUGACACCAUUUUAAAAUAAAAUAUAUUAUUUUUGCAAAAAUCCCAAGCAAAAUACACCUCUGAACAAUAUUAUUACUGUCAGUAGGGAAAAUUAAAAAGAAAGAUGUUCCUCAUACCAUUUCAUCAAACACAUCUUGAACAAAUCAUCAUAUUCCCUUUAAUAUUCCAUUGCAGAGAAGCCAAUUUCCCCUUUGCAUAUACUUAUGUGCAGCCUAAUCCAAUACAUGUUUACUCAGAAGCAAAUUCCAUUAUAUUCAAUGAGGCUUACUCCCAGUAAGUGUGCAUAGGAUUACAGCCUGCUUUAGAAAAGGAAUCCUGACUUAGUUUAACACACACUUCAUGGAAACACCAUCAUGAGGUGAUAUUGUUCAGACUGAUUAUGCUUACCUGCAUAUGGUGCCAAGCCAUGAUGAAAUUUGACAUGUAAACACAUCCUAACAAAUGUGAAGACUGGGUGCAGUUUGGCCAUCUUUUGUGUGAUCCGCAAAAAAACUGUGCAAGGAAGUCACACACUCUUGCCACAUUCAGUGAUGGUGUGGUUUGUUCUCCACUUCCUGCUUUUUAGUCAUUACAGCAGAGCAAGCUUUUGUGUUUGCACAGAAAUCUUGCAUUGUGCCUCUGCCUGGCCAUUGCUCUUCUUUACCCGUCCGACAUCCACCACUCCUUAUUAGAGUCUUCUUUCUGUUAAACCACUGUAUCAGUAUGUCAUUUCAUCCUAGAUGCACUGCUGAUUUUCUCUUCUACUUUCCUUUAGCAAAAACAAAAUCUAUCUAUUUCACAAACCUGGAAAUAAUAAAAUGCCUUUGAAGAUGU